GUCCUGGGCUUGGGGUUGCUUGCAGAUCUUCUUCAUGGAAGCGAUGUCUCCGCAGCAGGAUGCGCUAGGGGGGCAGCCGGGGCGCUCCUCCUCGCUGACGGGGAUGUCUCGCCUCGCGGGAGGCCCUGGCACCAAAAAGAAAAUGAAAACACUAUCAGAACGGAGGAGGAGUGCCCCAUCCCUUAUCCUGGACAAAGCCUUACAGAAGCGUCCAAGUAUGAGAGACAGUCAUUCUGCUAGCAUUGACACGUGUGCAUUUCUGUCAUCAUUCAUGUGCUCCAGUAGAACUCUGCUGAUUGAUGGCCCAGUGGAACUUAAAAGAGGCCUGCAGAGGCAGGAGAGGCACCUUUUCCUAUUCAAUGAUCUGUUUGUCGCAGCCAAAAUCAAAUAUAACAACAAUUUUAAGAUAAAAAAUAAAAUAAAGUUAGCUGACAUGUGGACAGCAAGCUGUGUGGAUGAAGUGGGAGAAGGCGACAUGCACGCGCCGAGGUCCUUUGUCCUGGGCUGGCCCACAGUGAACUUUGUGGCCACUUUCAGUUCUCCAGAACAAAAGGACAAAUGGCUCUCUCUCCUUCAGAGAUACAUCACUCUAGAAAAAGAGAAGGACUACCCGAAGAGCAUCCCCCUCAAAAUCUUCGCCAAGGACAUUGGGAAUUGUGCCUAUUUUAAAACUAUAACAGUGAUGAAUUCAGACACAGCGAGUGAAGUUAUCAACAUGUCACUUCAAAUGCUAGGGAUAACUGGCUCUGAAAGAGAUUACCAGCUGUGGGUGAAUUCUGGAAAAGAAGCGGCACCGUACCCACUCAUUGGACACGAGUAUCCUUAUGGAAUUAAAAUGAGCCACCUCCGAGACACUGCCCUUCUGACACAGGGAACAAAAGACUCUGCCACCCCGUCCCAGCUCCAGGAGCCUUUCCUCAUGGAACAGCUGCCGCGAGAGAUGCAGUGCCAGUUCAUCUUGAAACCUAUCCGCCUGGCGACAGCCCAGCAACUGAGCGAUUCUGGGCAGAAGACGUUUAAAAGGAGGCGCUCUAUCAUCAACUGGGCUUUUUGGCGGGGUUCUAGCACACACCUGGACAACAUCCCCGUGUCGCCAACAUCCCCUAUGCCAGGACAGCUCUUUGGAGUUUCUUUACCAGAUAUUUGUGAGAAUGACAAUCUGCCGAAACCUAUCUUGGAUAUGCUUUCCUUUCUUAACCAAAAAGGCCCCCUCACAAAAGGCAUCUUCAGGCAGUCGGCCAACAUGAAAUCCUGCAGAGAGCUAAAGGAGAAACUGAAUUCUGGAAUUGAAGUUCACCUUGACUGUGAAUCCAUCUUUGUGAUAGCAUCCGUGUUGAAGGAUUUUCUGAGAAAUAUCCCAGAAAGUAUUUUUUCAUCAGAUCUGUAUGAUCACUGGGUCUGUGUAAUGGAUCAAGGAAAUGAUGAGGAAAAAAUAAAUAUAAUUCAAAGGCUAUUAGAUCAGCUUCCCAGAGCCAAUGUUGUUUUCCUAAGGUAUCUGUUUGGGGUAUUACACAACAUUGAACAACAUUCCUUAUCUAAUCAGAUGACUGCAUUUAACUUAGCAGUGUGUAUCGCUCCAAGCAUUCUUUGGCCUCCUACUUCCUCCAGCCCAGAACUAGAAAAUGAAUUUACAAAAAAGGUUUCGCUUCUUAUACAAUUUCUAAUUGAAAAUUGCUGUAGGAUAUUUGGAGAAGAAAUCACUUCGCUCUUGGGGGAGCUUUCUGAGAGAAGCGACAGAGAACAUACCUCAGAUAUGUCUUGCUUCCAGAUGAAUGACUCCUCCUAUGACAGCUUGGAAAACGAGCUCAAUGAGGAUGCCGAUGCUCCGUGCAGUGACCUGGUGAAGAAACUCGGCCAGGGGAGCAGAAGCAUGGACUCUGUCCUAACCCUCAGUGACUAUGACCUCGAACAGCCUGAGGUGGAAGGCCUUCUAACCCUGAGCGACUUCGACUUGGAUCAGCCUAAAGACGAACACAUUCAACUGAAACAACCCCUGGAGUCCAAGCCAGUGAGUGUCUUCGUAGCCUACAGGAAGGUCUCAGUGGGGGAGGACACCAGGACCCCAGCUGGCCCCGGUACACCCAGCUGCCUGCCCACAGCUGCAGCAGACGCCCCCAAAGUCCUGCGGAGGCACCGGCGCUGCUCAGAGCCCAGCAUCGACUAUCUAGACACGAAGCUCUCCUACCUCCGGGAGUUUUACCAGAAAAGGCUACGCAAGUCCAGCUGCGAUGCCGUGCUCUCUCGGAAGGAAGAAGAUUACCUGGGGCAGACCCAGUCCCUGAAGAAAGAGGGUAAGAUGCGCCUUCAACAGAGUUCAGUUGGAGGCACUGACAUCAGUAAGAGAAACACUACUAACGAAAACAUAAAGAAGAAAAGCUCGUCUGGUCAUGAAGGAAAUCAAGUGACACCUUUCACUAAGUCCAAGCCAGUGGCCAUUUCUGUGGCAUCUUACAGCCACGUGUCCUCCCAGGAUCAUUCCAGGAAGCAACCCUUCGAUGCAGAUACGGGCGGGUUCUCCCCGCCACACGCAGCAGAUGCCCGGAAGAGCUCCCGGGUACAUCGGCGCUGUUCAGAACCCAGCAUCGAUGACCACAACUACAAGCUGUCCUAUCUCAGGGGGAUCUACUCAAAGAAACAGCAUAAAACUAGCUGUGAGGCUGGCCUCUUGCAUGGAGAAGAGGAGUAUCUAAAAAGGCAUAAGUCUUUGCAAAUCGAGGGGCAAAAACUCAUUAAUCAGAGUUUGGUCAUGGGGAUUGAGGUGGGCAAGAGCAGCGGCACCCAGCAAAGCACUGAGAAGGUUUUGCCCCCAAGACUAAACCUUUGCCCAAGGGCUAGCUAUUCGAGCUUAUCCUCCCCAGGCACGUCUCCAUCCGGCUCGUCGGUGAGCUCCCAGGACAGCGCUUUUUCUCAGAUCUCAGAGCACUCUGUGUUUACACCCACCGAAACUUCCUCGCCCAUAGACUGCACUUUCCAGGCAGGGAGAAAACAGGAAGAGCUUUCUUCAGACUUUCACAGUCCCAGCCUCAUUUCUGGAAUGCCUGGUCCCUCCACGGGGCAGACCAGCAGCCACCUAGCUUAUUUAAGAAAGGGUUCCACGGAGCAACCAUCACAAAUGCAUUCUGUAACCCUUCACCCCAGCGCAUGGUUGAGAAGUGGUUUGGUCACUUUGAAAAACUGGUCCCUCAAAAAGAAAACAAAAGCAGCCAGACCGGAAGACAUGAAAAUCUGUUCCCUAAAAGAACCUUUGGAAUUACCUCCACAUGCUUCUGGUCCUCCAGAGACUGACUCUCUACAAGAAAGUCUGGAUGACAUACACCUACAGAUGGAUGAAAGUUCUGGAGCGAUACAGACAGCCCAUGGGUGCAGUUCUUAUGCCUGUCAGGACUCAGAGCAACACUCCAGCUCCCCGUUCCACCUGGUGGAAAGCAGACUCAAACUUUGUAUGAAGUUGCAUGAAGGAGAAGAGGGUGGAGGGCAGUACCCUUCUAAUAACUCUUGGGAAAGAGCCUCACCAAGCCUUGGGACUAGGGAGGAUGUGGCCAGCCCAGAUGCAGAGUCUAUGACAGUUUGUGGUGAUGGAGACAGACAUUUAACCAAAGACAUUUAACCUGCAAUAAGAAUCUGGCAUCAAAAUAGUCAGAUGUCUUUAAGAACAGGAACUGGGCUAAUAAAAAAUAAAGACAGUAGCUAGUGUGCCCCCUUUUAUAAGACACAUGGGGUAGGUAGGUAGCACAAGGACAAUCAUUGCUAAUAUGACAGUUUCUUUGUUGAGAUGUUUCAUGCUCUAAAGUUUUGAAAGGCAUUUCCUGUGAAAGGGUGGGUUAGUCCUUUCCUGAGACAUAGAUACCAACAGAAAGUCAGAGGAAGUGUCCUCUGUGGAAUAACCCUGCUGUGUCAACAGUCUGUGAGUCUGGUGUCUUGGGAGGACCAGAGUACCUUAGUGAUAUGUAAAAAGGAUCAGUAGAGAGAAGCCAUCUUUAUGCCAUGGAAUAAGUAAGCAAGGAAAGGGGUCACCAAGUCAUUCAGAAAAGCAUGUACAUUCACUAAGGAAAGCAAAGCCUAUCCCUGAAUCCAAGUCAGUGGCUUUUCCCAGUCACCUGUCUGCACGGGGUCAUUUUAGGGACCACCUCAUUGAUAAAAGAAGAGAAAACCACUCUUAAAGAUUAAAGAGUAUGGGUGUCAUGACAGCACAACUCGCAAUUGGGUGGCUUAGUUGACUGAGGUGUUUUUUGUUUUGUCUUGUUUUCUGUUAGAGUUGAGUUCAUUUGUAUUUUUCAGAAAUGGAAAUACAAAGGGGAUGUUUGAUCAUUUUGUUGUCCUUCCCACAGCGCCUGUGGUAAAGAUGCGCUACAGAAACGUAACUUAUCCCUCCUCCGAAAAGAGCAUGCUUGACGGCAUUUGUUCAAGUAGCGUAGGAAAAAAAAAAUAGCCAUAUAAGAAUUAGAGAAAUUAUUUCAAAAUCAACUUUUCCUGGCUGAUUAAUCUGAGGAAAGGCUUCAGAGAAGCAAGAGAUGCCAUGCUUUGUGCCAUGUCAAUAGCAGCAUUCAUGCAAUUGAGAAAGGCCUUUUACUGCGCUGGAAUUGGUAAGAAAAUGUGUGUAGAUAUGUAUCCAGAUCAGAAGGUUGGAUCCUGUGAUACAUAAGAUGUCACAGAAAGGGCUGCUCACUGGCUUAGACUUAAGGGCAGGUUACCAUGUGAAACUUUUCUCUAAGUCCCAACUUUCUCAUUAUGAAAGAUGGCAGUCUUCGACAACAACAUUCCCUUCUUGGUUCCAUAAGUAUUAUUUAUCAAUAUGACAUCCCUGUGGAAAUGUUUCUCUGCAGCCCUGAUUGUUAGAUUACAGUCAGCCAAGAGGAGAAAAAGAACAGUUGUUAAUUAUCCCUUUAUUCUACAGAUUGUUAUUGAUUAGAGACUGACAGGCUGUAAGCGAUUAUUGAGUAGAGCACAGAAUGAAGUUGCUGUUGGGCUGUCUCUGAUGGUCACUGUCUUUGGAUAUAUAUAUUUUUUUUUUUUGCUGAAGUUCUCUAUCUUUUCCAAAUGAUCUGGAGUUUAUAAAUAUUAAAGUUUAGACCAUCAUAUUUUAUCAUGGACAUUUCUUCUCUCUCUUUACUUUCAAGGCUGUACCAGUAUGUCUUCUUUCUUAGGAGUAAGAUCUUGCCAGCCAGUAUGAGAUGGAAGGAUACACCCUAAAAUAGAUAAAUAUCUUCCCUUGAGAUACCUAUUACAAGUUUCCUAGAGUCUGUGCAGUCUCUUGAAUCCACUGUAAAAAAGGACUUUUCACUCAAAAACUAGCUUACCCCAAAUUAUUUUUCCUACCAGUCACCAGGAAACUCAUGGCAGAUGUUGUUCAUGUCUCCUAAAGGUCACAUUGUCGGUUAUAGGGUAUGGACUUAUCUCAGUAUUAACUACAGAAGUGCCACCUACCUCUUGGGCAUGGCCCUGUUUUCCCUGGUCUUAAUUAUCUCUAGAACUCUGUGUCCAGUGAUCUCCUUCAUGACACUGGCAAUCUCAGUCAGAUGUAACCAACCACUUCCAUAUGAAGACUCCGAAGUAUCCACAUGUACCUUUUGUGCUAUUAGUAUAUAAAGUUAGCAGGACGACCCUUCCCUUUGGGGCAUACUACUGUCAGAAUUGCAAGAUGUGGAUGAAGAUCUUAUAGCUUAGAAUGUCUCUCCAGAAGAAAUGCUUCCUAAACAAACUAAGCAUUCUGGCUUUCUUUUUUCUUUCAUAAUGGCCAGUAGAAAAUCGUCCACCCAGUUUGAAGCAUAGAAGAAAAUAGUUGGUAAGGUUCACCACCAACCAUUCGGACUCUGUUUCCUUAGAUGCUCCCAUUAUACUUAAUGUGAAUAGUCUGUUGAUAUUGCUGUAAAGUAUUGUAUGAUUUGAAGACAGACAUGUCAUUUUAUUGGACUCCAUCAAUCUAUAAUAUAUUAGACUGAUUCUUUAUCUCAAAUGCUAUGAGUUUGUAUAAUAUAUCUUGACAAAUUUUAUUACCGUGUUAUGUAACAAAUGUGUAUUUUUGUACCUUGCAGAAACUGCUGCUAACUUUUAAAUUGUUUGGUUUUCAAGGCACUGAUGAUAGACAUGUACAAAGUCCAUGCUGUCUGUUAAAUAAAAUGUCAUCCUGCAGUUAACAGUCCCACGGAGAAAUACUGACUGCGGAGCUUUCUUUCGCUCAGGAAGCCUGAGCCCCCUUUCAGUUAACCAUUUCAUACAUAAUGAGUUGUGGCCUUAAGUUUUUACUCACAGUUUUCUAGGGGAAAAUAGCGAAAUUGUUUCUCCUUUUUAUAUUUUUAAAUCUUGUUUACCAAACAAGUUAUGUUUUAUUCAUAACAGUCCCCAUUGUAUCAGAAAUUGUGCUUUUUCAUUGUAUUCCUGGAAUGACGUGGACUGGUUUGUCCAUAUGCCAAAAGAAAUAUCAGCUCAAUUUGAUGUGUGUAUGAGAUUUUCUUUCAUGUUUAGAGCAUUCUGGUGGGAGAAACCAUUUGACUUUAUACACACACCAGGAUAUCUGUGCUUUGAAGGUAAUUUGUGAAGUAUGACAGUUUCUUAUGACUACUGACUUCUUGGGGUUUAUUGAGUGGACUCUGUAUAAAUUUAACCACUGUUCAAAGGGUUUCAAAGGGAUUCAGAAACUAUGAAAACAGAUUUGUUUCAGCUAGGUAGGAAGGACAAAUCCACUUUCACAAAUGUUUUUAAUUAUAUUUCUGCAAUGUAUACACACAGAAACAGUAAAUUCUUCCCAAAUUGCAAAGAAACAGAAGUUUACUUUUAAUGAGCACUCAAUCUAAUGUUAAUAGCUCUCUUCUUUAUAGUGUACUUUGCAUGUCAUAACACUGAAUCAGAAAGUUCUAAUUUGUCAACCCAAGAAUAAGAUUUUUGUUUUUUUUUUUA